AUGGAUUUUCCUUGGACGUGCUUCUUUCUGUGUUGUUACAGCGUAUGCAGUGUUUGGAGCACACAGCACACUGAGAGCAGUAUCUAUUUGGAUAACAUCACUCGCAUAUUGGAUAGAUUACUGGACGGUUAUGACAACAGGCUGCGACCUGGAUUUGGAGGUCCAGUGACAGAAGUCAAAACGGACAUCUUUGUCACCAGCUUUGGACCAGUUUCAGAUGUCGAAAUGGAAUACACUAUGGACGUGUUCUUCCGGCAAACGUGGAUCGACGAGCGCUUGAAAUUUGAGGGCCCUAUUGAAAUACUGCGGCUCAACAACCUCAUGGUCAGCAAAAUCUGGACGCCGGACACAUUUUUCCGCAACGGCAAGAGGUCGAUCUCUCACAACAUGACCACCCCCAACAAGCUGUUUCGCAUCAUGCAGAACGGAACCAUCCUUUACACCAUGAGAUUAACUAUAAACGCAGAGUGUCCCAUGCGUCUGAUGAACUUCCCGAUGGAUGGACACGCUUGCCCACUCAAGUUUGGGAGCUAUGCUUACCCUGUCAGUGAGAUCAUGUACACGUGGAAGAAAGGUCCUCUUUCUUCUGUUGAGGUGCCACAGGAGUCAUCCAGUCUGUUGCAGUACGACCUCAUCGGUCAGCGAGUGUCAAGUGAAAGGCUGAAGUCCAAUACAGGGGAGUACGUCAUAAUGACUGUCCACUUCCAUCUGCAAAGAAAAAUGGGCUUUUUCCUGAUUCAGACGUACAUACCCUGUAUCAUGACGGUGAUCUUGGCUCAAGUCUCUUUCUGGAUUAACAAGGAAUCAGUUCCAGCUCGGACAGUGUUUGGUAUCACCACCGUGCUGACCAUGACCACGCUCAGCAUCAGUGCCCGUCACUCUCUCCCCAAAGUAUCCUACGCCACAGCCAUGGAUUGGUUCAUUGCCGUUUGCUUCGCCUUUGUCUUCUCGGCGCUCAUCGAGUUCGCGGCCGUCAACUACUUUUCUACGCUUCAAGCUAACCGGGAGCUUCGCAAGGCGGCAGCCAUGAAGACGGCGGCUCAAGAGGCCGCAGCUGCAGCUGCCACCCCAGCUGUUAACACAGGAAAUGAUGGAGAGGUCUCCUCAGCAGAUGCGAGCAACGUGUUGAAGAAGAGGAUGAAUUCGGCGCCCCUCUUUGACCGCCCGGCCAAAACCUUCCCCAAUCCGCCCGUCAGCGCCCAGGCCUUUCUGCAGCAAGGCUCAGCCAUGCCAGCCAACAACGUCUUGACGGGCACGAGCAUUAUCGACAAAUACUCUCGCAUCCUCUUCCCGCUUUCCUUCGGCGCCUUCAACCUGGUCUACUGGAUUGUGUACCUCACCAAGGACACCAUGGAGAUGACCAGGUGA